GGAUGGUCAGACCCUGGCAGGACCCCCGGCUGCUGCUGGCUGUUGUGGGGGCUCUGGUGGCCCUCAGCUAUCAAUCAAAGCGGAAGACCUUUAUUCUUGUCUACGAGGUGCCUGUGUCAGACCCCAUGGUGGUGACCACCAUGGACUUUUUGACCACAGACUUCAACAAGAAGAACGAGGACCUGUACAACUUCAGGAUCGUGCGUGUCCUGAAGGCUGUGAAGAGGCUGACUGACCACCUGGAGUAUCAGGUCAACCUGGAGAUGCGGCGGACUACCUGCCUCAAGUCGGAGCUGACCAACUGCUCCUUCCAGGAAGGGAAGCUCUACAAGAAAAUCGAUUGCUACUUCUCAGUAUUUGUUAUUCCCUGGUUUGAAAAGUAUAAAGUUCUGGCCCAAAACUGCACAAAUGUCUAGGUGUCUCGGAGUGCAGCCCACAGAUACUGUGCAUCAAGGUACCCUGCACCCAACAGGAACUCUCAGUGAAGAAAAUAAAUGUUGGUCAACCUGUG